CAAUAUUAAUUUGUUAGACACUAACACACGCCAACCCAAUCAACUAACCAUGCAUCUCCAUCACCACCACCACUAUAAAUAGAGGACAUAACCUUCAAUAAGCAUCAUGCAUCUCUCAUAGCUAGAUUCAUAUAUCGAUGGCUAGCAUGUCCACUGCAAGCAACCUUCCAUCCCCUGCAUGCUCCUUCUUCACUAACAACCAAACAAGGAGGCUUCCUCCUUCUCCUCCUCAGCUGGCAGCUGUCAAAACAAACCAUCUCCUGAGAAGGAGGCUGUCAUGCAAAGCUGAACUGGGCGGGAAACACUCUCAUGAUCAUGAUGGUGAGAAUUACUACUCUCAUGAAAUGAUGAAGCUGGAUAGGAGAAACAUGCUGAUAGCUUUAGGAGGUGGUUUGUAUGGAGCCGCCGCCACAGGCACACCACAUGCAAAGGGACUUCCAAUCCAGCCUCCAGAUGUCUCCCAGUGCCAGCUGGCCGAUGGAGGCGGCAAUCAAAUCAACUGCUGCCCUCCCUACAAAUCCAAUAGUAAGAUCAUCGACUUCAAGCUCCCUUCCCCGACUUCACCAAUGCGUGUGCGUCCAGCUGCUCAUUUAGUCAACAACGAGUAUCUAAAAAAGUACAGGAGAGCUGUCCAGUUGAUGAGGGAGCUGCCGGCCAGCGACCCACGCAACUUCAUGCAACAAGCCAACGUCCACUGCGCUUACUGUGACGGAGCUUACGACCAGGUUGGGUUCCCAGACCUUGAGCUCCAGGUCCAUAACUCCUGGCUCUUCUUUCCUUGGCACCGCUACUACCUCUACUUUAAUGAGAGAAUCCUUGGCAAGCUCAUUGGGGACGAGACCUUCGCUCUUCCUUACUGGAACUGGGACGCACAAGCCGGCAUGAGGUUGCCUUCCAUCUACACCACACCAUCAACUUCUCUUUACGACCCCCUCCGUGACGCUAAGCACCAGCCACCAACCGUGAUUGAUCUUGACUACAAUCUCGUUGACCAAAACCUCCCUGAUCAAGAGCAGAUUGACCAGAACCUCACCAUCAUGUACAGGCAAGUGGUGGCUAAUAAAACACCUGAACUAUUCCUUGGAGCAGCCUACCGGAGAGGUGAUCAGCCAAACCCAGGGGCUGGUUCCUUGGAGAACGUUCCUCACGGGCCGGUGCACCUGUGGACUGGUGACCGUACCCAGCCAAAUAUUGAAGACAUGGGCACAUUCUACUCUGCUGGGAGAGACCCCAUCUUUUUCGCCCACCAUGGCAACAUUGACCGACUCUGGUAUAUCUGGCAGACGAAGGUUGCGGCGAAGAAUAACACCGGCUUCAAAGACAAGGACUGGCUCGACGCAGCUUUUCUCUUCUAUGACGAGAACGCGCAGCUUGUGAGGGUGAAAGUCCGAGACUGUCUGGACAAUAAAUUGCUGCGCUACACUUACCAAGAAGUUGAUAUCCCUUGGCUCCGGAAGCGACCAACUCCCAAAGCAGCACGGGCCGCUGCAAGGUCAGCAAUCACGGAAGCAACAUUCCCGUUGACAUUGACCGCAGCCGCCAGCGCCACCGUGAAGAGGCCUCGUGUCGGUAGGAGCCAAUCGGAGAAGGCAGCGGAGACUGAGGUGCUCGUCGUGGAGGGGAUUCAGUUUCCGAGAGACAAAGCCAUAAAGUUCGACGUUUUCAUCAAUGCUCCUUCGGAUUUCGGACAAAUGAGGGCCAAUGCGAGCGAGUUUGUCGGAAGCUUUGUGAACGUCGCGCACACGCACAGGUCCACCGACUCUCAGAUGGCAGUUGGGAGGACAAGGCUGAAGUUGAGCAUCACGGAGUCUCUUGAUGAUAUUGGUGCCGAUGGGGAUGAGAAUAUCAUCGUCACACUGGUGCCAAGGACAGGGACUGAGAACGUCAUAAUCGGUGGGCUUAGCAUCGACUUCUCUUCCUCAGCGUGAUUGCUGCUGCUGCUGCUUCUGCUGCUAAAUUAUUAUAAAUAAAUCUGGAUAUUAUCUCCUAGUUAAUAGAUAUGUUAUCUAUGUGUGUGUACUGUGUACGCCUACGUUGCUUUGUUAUGUUGCAUGCAUCUUUAUGAGAUAUCUACAAGAAGAAAUGAUAAAACUUAUAAAAAUAUUAUCGCGGUAUUUUUAUUUUU